ACAACUGUCGUGUCCAAGGUGAACAGGUCCCUUCUUGUAGCGAAUGCAGGAGACUGCAGGGCUGUGCUCUCCCGCUCUGGGACAGCAAUCGAAAUGUCAAAGGACCACAGGCCAGGCUGCAUAAGAGAAAGAAAGCGCGUCGAAUCUCUCGGUGGGUAUAUUGAUGAUGGCUACCUCAAUGGUCAGCUUAGUGUUACAAGAGCCCUUGGAGAUUGGCACCUCGAGGGUAUGAAGAGAGAGAAAGGAAGCAAUGGAGCCAAUGGUCCUCUAAUCGCCGAACCUGAACUUAAGCUCAUAACAUUGACAAAAGAGGAUGAGUUUUUAGUGAUAGGAAGUGACGGUCUAUGGGAGGUGUUUACAAGCCAAAAUGCAAUAGAUUUUGCGAGGAGGCGGCUCCAAGAACACAAUGAUGUGAGGCAGUGUUGUAAAGAGGUGGUGGAGGAGGCUUCUAAAAGGGGUUCAUUUGAUAAUUUAACAAUUGUGAUGAUUUGCUUCCAUGCUGAGGCCCCACCUCAAAGCACAGUUAAGCGGUUCCGUGGGUUCAGGAGGAGCAUAUCAGCUGAGGGGCUCCACAAUCUCAAAAGCUUUUUGGAAGGAUGAAAGCUUUAUGUAUUUUAGAUUAAAUUAUGUGUAUGUAAUAUUUAUUUGUGAAUGUAUACAUACCAAUGUAUCUUAAUUUUUAUGUACAUUUCUGAGACCCAUUAAUGUUUCCAGGAAUGGCAUGGCUAGGCCACCUUCCCUAAACAU